CAUUGUAGCCGGUCAAGAUGGCGUCUCAACAGCAGCAGCCCGGCGGGCCGAUGUCCCAGCCCGGAUUACAACAGCCCACUUCAUUACAACAACAGCAGCAGCAGCUGAGCCAACAGCAAGACUUUGAUCCAGUUCAUAGAUUUAAAAUGCUCAUUCCUCAGCUGAAGGAGAGUCUGCAGAAUGUGAUGAAGAUUGCAUCCCUGAAUUUGUCCCACAACACCUCAAUUGACAACGGCAUCAAAAGCAGCGACACCUCUGUGCAGCGCUUUGACAAGAGCCUGGAGGAGUUUUAUGCCCUUUGUGAUCAGCUGGAGCUGUGUUUGCGGCUGGCAUAUGAGUGCCUCUCCCAGAGCAUCGACAGCGCCAAACAUUCACCCAACCUGGUCCCGACAGCCACCAAGCCGGACACGGUGCAGACAGAGUCCAUGUCUUACGCCCAGUACCUCGGCAUGAUCAAGUCUCAGAUCUCAUGUGCCAAAGACAUCCACAACGCUUUGCUGGAGUGCUCCAAGAAGAUCGCAGGGAAGGGACAGCCUCAGGGAAUCAUGUAGCUCUAUCUACAUCUGGUGACAUUUUUGAGAAGGGGCUGUCCCAUACUCAGAUCUCAGAUGUGGUCACGAGGGUGAUUAAUUUCUCAAGAUCCUGUAUAUCUUUUUUUGAAUUUAAGUUAUGUUUCUUGUAAGCACUGUGUAAAUAUUCUGGACAGAAAGUCAUGUUCUCAGAUGACCAGCAGGUGGCGGCAGAGUUGUAACAGCCAACUGGAUAUUCUCAAUCCUUUUGUAGCGUAUUUGUAUUGAAUAUUAAAACUUUUCUACCAAUA